UCUCUACGGUGCCUGCCAAACAUGCCUGUUUGUUCACUUCCCAUCUGGGCAUCUUUUGAAAUGGAAACGGAGAUAAGCUUUGUUCACCGGACAUCGUUGUCUGUAAUUGUAGGUUGAGUCAUCUUUUUUUAAUUGCUCAAAUGUGCACAAAACAGCAAGAGAGGAUGUGAAACCUUCUUGGCUGCUCCCCUCUGGAUCUGUGUGGGAAGACCGACAGCACACCCAGGAAUGGCAUCCUUAAAUUUCAGCUCUCUGCCCAUGAUGGGUUCCUCAGAAAGGGCUGCCAGCCGUCGGCAGACACAUCUUCAAUUGGAUUGCAACCUUCCUGAGAUGUUUCAAGGGCGAUUUGCCUCAUCCGAGGUCAAAUUACAACCCACGGCAAGCUGACACCAAGAUGAGCCCUUGGGUUCAUGUUCCUUCUUCUGCGGCUAAAGAAUCAGGUGUCAAAGAGGAAAUGAGAUCACCGUGACGGAAACGAGGUUUUCACAACAAGGAAGCUUCUCCGAUGUAGAAACUAGAAAGGCAAGCUCGGCUUCUAAGGACGAUUCUGAAGGUCUCUUCGGCUACGGUGACUUCAUCGCAGCAUUUCCAAACAAGUCCUGAGUCACUUCCUCUUUUCUCCUUCCUGGGUUUGGACACUUGGGAAGACGGUGGGCGUUUGGGAAGCUGGCAUGAAAAGCCUGUUCGGUAGAAGGUGCUCAGAUUUGGAAACGGGAUGCCCCAAGUGUGAUACUAACUAAAGUCCAGGGGUCGGCAACCUUAAGCACUCAAAGAGCCAUUUGGACCGGUUUCCCACAGAAAAGAAAACACCGGGAGCCACAAAACCCUUUUGACAUCUCAAAUGAAGAUAACACUGUUUCACAAUGUUUCCCAGCCCUCUUUUUGACUCGUGCAGUAGACAGGUCCUCCAUGGAAGGCAGGCGAUCAGUAUCAGCAAAGCCAUCAACACGUUGGAAGUCCCCGUGAAGGAGAAGCAUGCUCGGAGAAUUAUUCUAGGGACCCAUCACGAGAAAGGCGCAUUUACUUUCUGGUCGUAUGCCAUCGGUCUCCCGCUGCCCAGCAGUGCCAUCCUGAGCUGGAAGUUCUGCCAUGUCCUUCACAAAGUUCUCCGAGAUGGCCACCCAAACGUUCUCCAGGACUGUCAGCGGUAUCGAAGUAACAUUCGAGAAACGGGAGAUCUUUGGGGCCAUCUGCACGAUCGUUACGGCCAGUUGGUGAAUAUUUACACCAAGCUUUUGCUGACCAAAAUCUCCUUCCACGUAAAGCAUCCUCAAUUCCCACCCGGGCUUGAAGUCACCGACGAGGUGCUAGAAAAAGCUGCUGGAACAGAUGUGAAUAACAUCUUCCAGCUCACCGUUGAGAUGUUCGACUACAUGGAUUGCGAACUCAAGUUAUCAGAAUCAGUCUUCCGGCAGCUCAACACCUCCAUGGCCAUCUCCCAGAUGUCAGCCGUUCAAUGCCGGUUGGCCCCCCUCAUCCAGGUGAUCCAGGAUUGCAGCCACCUGUAUCAUUACACCGUGAAGUUGAUGUUCAACCUCCAUUCGUGUUUGCCAGCCGAUACGUUGCAAGGCCAUCGAGACAGGUUCCACGAACAGUUUCGCAGCCUGAAGAACUUUUUCAAAAGGGCAUCGGACAUGCUGUAUUUCAAACGUCUCAUCCAGAUUCCACGGUUGCCCGAGAACCCCCCAAAUUUCCUGAGGGCAUCCGCCCUGGCCGAGCACGUCAAGCCGGUGGUGGUCAUUCCGGAAGAAGCCCCCGAAGACGAGGAGCCGGAAAACCUGAUUGAGAUCAGCUCAGCUCCAUCCGUAGAGCAGCAGAAUGUGUCGGAUAUAUUUGAGCAGACUUUCGGGCCGCCCAAUGGACUAAAAGAUGACAGAGACCUGCAAAUCGAAAACCUGAAGAAAGAAAUUGAACUGCUUCAGACCGAGCUAGAGAAGAUUAAGCUGGAGGCUCAGAGAUACAUCACCCAGCUGAAGGCUCAGGUGAACAGCCUGGAGGCCGAGGUAGAAGACCAGAGGAAGCAAAAGCAGAAAGCCUUGGUAGACAACGAGCAGCUCCGAGAUGAGCUGGAGAAGCUGCAGAGAGCAAAAUUUGAAGGAGACAAGAAUCGAGGACUCUACUUGGAAGCGGAGAAAAAAGCCAGCACCACCGAAAUCCGGUAUGCCAAGCUGAAGGAGAAGCACAGCGAGUUAAUCAACACACACGCGGAGCUUUUGAGAAAGAACGCAGAUACGGCCAAGCAGCUGACAGUCACCCAACACAGCCAAGAAGAGGUCGCCCGGGUCAAGGAACAGCUGGCUUUCCAGAUGGAGCAAGUCAAACGAGAGUCGGAAAUGAAGUUAGAAGAUCAGAUGCUUCAGGUGGAACAGAUGAAGAGAGCGAUGGACUCCAAAGCAGAAGAACUGACUCAGCUUCAGCAGUCGCUCAGCCACUCUAAGCAGGUUGGUUCGGACCUCAACAGCCAGCUGGAUGCCCUUCAAGCCGAAAAGGAGACUCUGAGGAAAUCGGUCAGCGAGAAGGAAUGUGAGCUCAUCUCAACCAAGGGCCUGAUUCAAGAGAAGCAGCUCCUGUUGAGCCAGGAAGCCGAGAAGAGGGCGAAGGAAGUGCAGGAACUCCAGGAAAAGUUGGCGGAAAAAAAAAAUCACGAACAGAACCUGCAGCAGAAGCUCCUGGACGACCAGUUCCGAAUCUUGCAAGGGACAAUCAAGGAAGCCGAGAACAUCAUCCAGGAUGCCGUGAGCAAGUUGGACGAUCCCCUGCAUAUCCGGUGCACCAGUUCUCCAGAUUAUCUUGUCAGCCGCGCCCAGGCAGCUCUGGAAUCGGUGAAUGCCCUGGAGAACGGACAUAAGCAUUAUCUCACCAACAUGGCAGAUGCCUCUGGACUGGUGGCUGCGUUGGCACAGUUUGCCCAUCUCACGGCAGAUGCCAUCGUGAACGGCAGCGCCACCUCCCAUCUUGCCCCGACGGAUCAUGCUGACAAAUUGACAGAAUCCUGUAGAGACUGUGGGCAACACAGCCUGGAUUACCUCAACAAGCUCAAAGACAAACAGUCUCUCCGAGAAGCAGAUCCAGCAGACCUGAGGACAACUCUGCAGAGGCUCUUCCAGCUUGGACAGGAAUUGAGACCCAAAAGUUUGGACAUCCGGGAAGAAGAACUGGGAGACUUGGUUGACAAAGAGAUGGCCACCACUUCUGCAGCCGUUGAGGACGCCGUGAGAAGGAUAGAGGAAAUGAUGAAUCAAGCCAGAGUCGAAAGCUCUGGGGUGAAACUAGAAGUUAACGAAAGAAUCCUGAAUUCCUGCACAGAUUUAAUGAAGGCUAUCCGGCAGCUUGUUCUGGCCUCCACACAUCUGCAGAAGGAGAUCGUGGAAGGCGGAAGGGGGGCAGCAACACCCCAGGAAUUUUACGCCAAGAACUCCUGUUGGACGGAAGGGCUCAUCUCGGCAUCCAAAGCUGUUGGAUGGGGAGCAACUCAGCUCGUAGAAUCUGCGGAUAAGGUCGUCUUGCACACCGGCAAAUACGAGGAGCUGAUCGUCUGUUCGCACGAAAUUGCAGCGAGCACAGCUCAGCUCGUAGCCGCCUCCAAGGUGAAAGCGGAGAAGCAUAGCAGGAACCUCGGCAAACUCCAGGAAUGUUCGCGUACGGUCAACGAGAUGGCGGCUAACGUCAUGGCGUCUACCAAGUCCGGUCAAGAGCAGGUAGAAGAGAAAGACACCAUGGACUUCUCCGGGAUGUCCUUGAUCAAACUCAAGAAAGAGGAGAUGGAGACACAGGUGAAGGUUCUGGAACUGGAAAAGACGUUGGAGAACGAGAGGCUGCGUCUCGGAGAAUUGAGGAGGCAACAUUACGCCUUGGCUGGUCUUUACACGGAGAACACGGAUGGAAAGAAGCCUACGAUCGCUCGUAAGCCAGCAUCCUUGAAGAGGCCCGCACAGAAACCAGGUCAAAGCAAGCCGGACUCCGAGCUGGCACAGGAUGGCGUCUACCAAGCCCAUGUAGUUAACUUCUAAGGCAACUCCAACCUGCAACGGAAGAAGAGUAGAAGCCAGGGCCAGGAAAAUUGGGGUGGUCCAGGUUCUAAUUCUGCCCACCCUUGAGGAAUUCAAACCCUUGGAUCUGCUGCUUUUUCGCCGGCACCCCAAAACAUAGAUUUUUGGUGGAGGAUUAAGAUGUCAGCGCCCUUCAAAUCCAUCUACAGCAGGAGACAUUGAAAUUCCAGCCCCUUUAAAUGUCUGUGUUUUAAACAGAUACAACUUCCAGCGCCUAUUCGGAGCCCCCACCGUCUACGAGAAGGCAGACCCUUACGGGGAAAGGGAAUUAAGAGCUCGCUGAUAACUAUUUAUAAGCAAUAGGAAUCAUUUGGGAAAUAUUUCGAGUAAAUAUUGGUGUAUCUAUUAUUCUACAAAGAUGUUUUUAAAAGAAAUGUGAAUUUUUGUGGCUACUGUCGUUGUCGGAUGUCUAAAUUGUCCUUCGUAGUGUUUUAUGCCGAGAUCUGACGCGUAUAAAAAAAAAGGGGGAGGAGAAAAUUACCUGGGGGUGGGAAAUGAAAUACCUUUUGGAGAUUUUAUAGGACUGAAUUUAUACAGAGGAGAAAAUAAACACCUUCAGUAAUUUUUCACAAAAUCCCUUCAACCAGUGCUUUCCAAACCUGGGUGAAAUUACCCCCAAAUAAGGCAAAAAUAGGAGGAUUGUUGUUUUUUUUUACCCCUUUGGGUAACAAAUACAUCUUCCCUGUCACAUCAGGGAGAUUUAAAUUGAUUUAAAGCCUCCCAAAAUAUUCCUGCCAAGGUGAAUAUCAAUGCAAUGACCAAUCGGUUGAAGUGACAAAAGAUUGUUCCGUUUUAUAACAACACAGGUUGUCCUCGAAUCUACGGCCAAUCUCUCAGCAACCGUUCAAAGUUACAAUGGCGCUAAAGGAAGGGACGAGCUGGCAUAAGAUUUUCCAAUAAGGAAUUUAUUUUUUAUUUUUUUGGGUGGGUGGGUGUUGGUGGUGGUGGGGGUAAUGAAGGAAAAAGGUUGGGAAGCACUGCCUUAAAACUCUCAUUUAGGAAAUCCGUGCAAAAAAAAGAAAAGAAAAAGCCAGCUCACUUAUUUCAGCAGCUGAAAUUUAAGAGGAUUGGGUGGGUUUCUUUGCAAAGGAGAGAGAUGCAAACAGGAACUGUUCUUAACCGAACUUUUACGAUUAAGGAAAACAUUUUCACUUAUUAAAAUGAUUUAGCUGAAA